AUAUAUUGCCUGUUCCUGUUCCUAAUCAAUUAUUGAUUUAUUCUAACUAUUUUAAUGUUUCCUGGAUUCCACAAUCAAACAGCCAUUGUUUCUCCAGUUACAUUGUUAGCAUUACUAGUUCAGCUAGUAAUGUUACCUACGUGACUACUGAUACUAGUCUGAGUUUACCAGUACCUUCAACUAAUGAUACAGAAUAUUCUAUUAGUGUAGUAGCUGUUGAUACUGGGGGUAGAUAUAUGGAUCCUCUAAAUGUAAUAAAAUUUACACCUAAUGUUCAACUUGUUAUGAACUUGAUGCUCGGUCAGACUUCUCCUGAAGAUGAUGAUGAUACUGUUAAUAUUACUGUAUCAUGGAAUGAACCACCUUAUUCUUCUCGUCCUAAUGUAUCAGACUAUAUAAUAUAUCAUAAUGUUCCUGACCCUGAUACAACUAUAACAACAACAAUAGCUCCUACCACUGCAUACAAUAUACCUGAUGCUACAGUAGGAUCAGUAUAUACUGUUGGAGUGGCUGCUAGCAAUGUAUUAGGAACUGGUGUAAUUGCAUCAGCUACAAUAAGUAUCAUCAGUACUAUUGUGCAUGUCUCUACCACAGUACAUGUCACAUAUUCCACUACUGGAGGAACAACACAAUCCACAUUACCUUCCUUGAGCAUUUCAUCAACAAGAAUAGCUUCACCUACUCCCACUAGUACAUGCACUCCUACUACUGAACAAU